CAGUCUUGCGAAGUAGCCAGUCGAAGGUUUUGCGCAGGCCAGUCGUAGUGUAAUCUUUCGUUACCAUUGGACGUAAAAUUCACAUAUUUUAAAAGCACGGCGGUAUGUGAUUAGUGAUAAUAGUUUACAACACCGUUACAUCUAUCUUUCAAUAAAAAUCAUUCAAUAAUCAAGCAGGUUAAAAUAAUCAAACAAAAUGAUGAGGAUUGGUAAAAAACUUAUUAUUAUUUUCUCAAUAGGCUUAGUAUUAAUAAUUUUUGGAUUAACUACUGGAAUUUGUUGGUCUAUGAUUUAUUCAUCAAUUUUAAAUGCAGAAUUAUCUUUAACACCAACAUCCACAAGUUAUAAGCUUUGGAAAGAAACACCUAUUCCUAUGUAUCUGAAAAUAUAUAUGUUCAAUUUAACUAACUAUGAAGAUUUUAUUUCAAGUAAUGAAUCUAAAGUUAAACCAAAUUUUGUGGAAAUGGGUCCUUAUGUAUUUAGGGAAGUUGACUAUAAGGUAGGACAAAUAUGGAAUGACAAUGAUACCAUAACAUAUCAAAGGAAAAGAGUAUGGCAUUUUGAUAAAUCUUUAUCAGUAGGAAGUUUAGAUGAUAAUGUAACUAAUAUAAAUCCAAUAACUGCUAGUGUUGCAUAUGCAUUAAGACAAAAAAAACCUAUUUUCCGUGAUAUAAUAGAUAGGAUGAUGAAAGCUAUGGGACAAAAGUUAAUAAUUACGAAAUCUGUUAAUGAAUUACUUUUUGAAGGAUAUGAAGAUACUAUGUUAAAAAUUGCACGAAAAAUGAAUUUCAGUCAAAUUCCAUUUAACAAAUUUGCUUGGUUUUAUGAGCGAAAUGGUUCUGCAUCAUAUGAUGGAACAUAUAAUAUGCUAACUGGUAAAUCCAAUUUACUUGAUGUAGGAAUAGUCAAACAAUGGAAUUUUAAGAGCAAAGUAAGUUAUUACCCUAAAAAUUGUGGAGAAGUGAAAGGAACAAAUGGUGAUUUAUGGCCACCAUUACCUAACAAUAAAACUAUUACUUUCUUUGUACCUGACAUUUGCACGAGUAUGUCAGUAACAUACGAAAAUACAACCGUUCAUGAAGGAUUGACAGGAGUUAAAUAUAUUAGUGAUAAUACAAUACUUGAUAAUGGUACAAUAGUAGACUCGCGUCUAUGUUAUUAUGACAGAGAACACAUUCCCUCUGGAGUAUUAAAUAUUUCAUUAUGCAAAUGGGGUGCUCCAGCAUUUAUUAGUUUACCACACUUUUAUUUGGCCGAUCCAAUUUACAGAGAAAAUAUCGACGGAAUGAAACCUAGUAAAGAAAAACACGAACUUUCAAUAUCCAUAGAACCGAAAACUGGUGUUCCAUUGAACGUGCAUGCACAGUUACAAUUAAAUUUGUUGGUGCAACAUGACCCUGUGAUGUCCAUGUUUAAGAACAUUAAAACGACAUUUGUACCUAUGAUAUGGUUUACUCAAGAAGCUUCUUUGACAGCUGAUUAUGCUCGUAUAAUUAAAUUUAUCAAUAUUUUGGAAACUUUGGGUAGCAUAACUAGUUAUGGAAUUGCCUGUAUUGGCGUUUUAAUUGUUUCUAUUGGCAUAUUCUUAUAUAUUAAACACGGCUUCAGUGGAGAAGAAAAUCAAGUUUUAUUAUCAAGUAAAUCUAACGAAAAUGAUGGCAUUGCUACUAUUAAUGAAUGAUCAAGUAUAUUUACAGACAUAUUAAAUUAUAUAAA